GCUCAGAUGAGAGUGGAGUUACUGAAGCUCCACUGCUAUCCGUAGAGUGUUUUGUGAGGGACCAAGCUGUGCUCACGAACUGCACAAUGACCAACAGGACACCGUCGCUGCUCUUCAGGGCGCUGCUGGAUAUGAAUGAAGUCCACGUCUCAAAGGUCGCGCGAGGUCAUGUCAGGAGGACCCAGUUCAGACAGUUGAGUUCGUGUGCGAUACCGGCUGUAAGGAGGUCCAGCCUCCAGCUCUCUCCCGUGACCCCCCAGAGCACACCCAGCCGCGGUUUCAUCAACCUGGUCGCACCCAUCAGCGCCCGCAGGGUGGAAUACACCGAGUCCCGGAUGGUGGAGUACUCUCCGGAACAAAUGUACGACGUGGUGGCCAACGUGGAGAAGUACCAGUAUUUUGUUCCCUGGUGUAAGAAGUCUCACCUGAUGACGGGGCAGAGUGGGGACACCAGGGUGGAGCUGGAAAUAGGGUUCCCUCCCAUCACCGAGCGAUAUACUUCUAAAGUCACCUGUGAGCCGAACCACCAAGUCCGAGCAGUGUGCACUCAAGGAUCCCUCUUCAACCAUCUUGAAACGAUUUGGAGGUUUGCCCCCGGAGCCAAGGACUUAAACUCCUGCAAAGUGGAUUUCUUUGUGUCAUUUGAGUUCAAGUCUCUGCUGCACUCUCAUCUGGCCGGUGUGUUCUUUGAUGAAGUGGUGAAGCAAAUGGUCCGUGCCUUCGAGUCACGCGCAGCAGCACUGUACAGGAGCCAGCCGGAUGUGCCGUUGAGACGGCGGCCGGCGCUAAGCGGGGUUGCUUAGACCCCCUUUGACCUCCGCUGCAUCUAUUAAACCCACACAGACUUUUAACCGAAGCCAACCGUCCCACGGCUUCAACGCAUUGGACCCAGGCACCACUUCUCUGAUAUCUUACUGUCAAGUUUACAUGUUUUUAAAAGUUUUAUUUAUUUAUAAACCAGGAGCUAAUUUGUGUACAUUUUUAUUUAUUUCAUGACUCAGAAUAAAUGUGUAAUAUGGUUGUGUUGGAGAGACAUUGCUUCUGCAUGGAGUCGUUUUUUUUUGUUUUUUUUUGCCCCAGAAAGUGAAGAAGACACAAUU